AUGGCUUCUAAUGUGUUAUAUGCUCCGGUGGUUACAUUAAAAAUUUUGGGAGCGCCUAUCUCUGGAGAAUAUGCAGAAGGACAAGAAGCAGUUCUACAAUGUGGUGUCAAAGCUAAUCCCAGCGUUUGGAAAAUAACUUGGCUUCACAAUAGUAAAGAAAUCCAAUCCAAUGACAAAAGUAUAGUUAUGGAAGGUAAUGACCUGAUAUUGAGCAAUAUUAGUAGUGCAUCGUCGGGGCAAUACGAUGCACUGCUCACAAUUCUGAGGGACAAACACAAAGCAAGAUCUACUAGUAUAUUGACAUAUAAACCCGUCGCAGAUUUAGGAUACGGACAAUUUGCUUGCAAGGCUCAUAAUGAGGCAGGAGAAACAAGAAACAAAAAGGCCUUGUGUGUAUCAAGUCCACCUGGUCCGCCCUUAAACUGUACACUUGAAGCCGAUGGCGAAAUUGUGCAAUGCAAAGCUGGUUUCGAUGGCGGUUUAGAGCAGCGAUUUUUAGCUCAGGUUGUUCUGGCCUUAGAUUCAUUUACGACUUUAGUAAAUUCUUCUGCUAAUUUAGAACCUGUAUUUCGAAUACCAGGACUUAUGACUAACUCAUUUGCUGCUGACAAUGAAGCCAUGGAGGUACAAGUAAUUGUUUUAGCAGAAAACGAUCUUGGAAGAAGUAGCCCUGUGACUCUAAAAAAUUUAAUAUACAGUGAAAGGCCCAUUAGAAAAGGUGGAUUUGCGAGCUUUACAUCAAUUCCUAUAGAUCCUUUAUUAUUCGCAUUAUUAAUUACUGGAUCUGUAGUCAUAAUUUUGUGCUGCGGAAUUUGCUAUUUGCUUCGACGUCGUUGUUGUCGUGUUUCGCCUGAUAAACCGACUGCUAAUGGAAAACGACAAAAAUCAAGAAUACAGGAUAAUUCUGAUUCAUCCGUCUAUGAUGAAGGCAUAGAUGACCCUGAUCCUGAUCUUAUACCAAAUAAAGAAGGUUAG